GUUGUUUAGGACAUGGAACCACCUACUGUGGCUGAAACAUCUGAGGCUGAGAUCUCCAGUACCGCAGAGGAGCCUCCUGAGGGAUCUACACUCAGAGAGAUAGAGGUAAUUAUUCCAGCUGAUAAUCCUGUCUGCUCUUUAGUGUUAAAUCUGCAGUUGUAAAAACUCUGCUGAUUGGUCAGGUCCUUUAAAUGUAUCUGAUUUUUUUAUUUUGAUGCUCAGUUAAGCUGUGUGUCUGCUUUAAGGCUCCCUCGGGUUGAUUUUGUGUUAAGGGGUCCAGUCAGGUUGGUAUUUAAGACGUCUAACAAACACACUUGUCAGGUUUACAGUGUUUGUGGGGUCCACGUAAAGUCAGAUACACUGUUGACAUUAAUGGGAGAUUAAAUAUCACAUGAAAAAAAUACAUCCUUUGCAGUUGAUGUGUUCCUCACUGUGUAAUGAUCUAAGAACCUACCGGUCACUCCAGCUGUUUCACUGGGAGACUUGAGUCUUUGCCAGUCCUCUCUGUUCACCAUGGUCCAGUAAAUGUUUAAAAGAAGACACCAGGUGUACAAAAAUAGCAGUCAGUACAGAAAAUAUGUGUCCAGAUGAACUCAUUUAGCAUGAGAGCUACAGUGAGUGUAUUCGUCGGGUUUAUGAAGGUAAUGUAUAUUUAUGUGCCAGUGGCUUUAAAAGUGUAGAAUUUAGAUCAAUUAUGAGUUGGUUAAUUUACUAUUCAUCUCAAACUUUUUGUUUAGGACGUGGAACAACCUACUGUGGCUGAAACAUCUGAGGCUGAGAUCCCCAGGACCGCAGAGGAGCCUCCUGAGGGAUCCAAACUCACAGAGAUAGAGGUGUUAGUCCACCUGAUCAUUCUGUCUGAUUUUUAGGUGUUAAAGGUGCAGUUUUAAAAACUCUGCUGAUUGGUCAGGUCCUUAUAAUGUAUCUGAUUUUUUUAUUUUGAUGGUCAGUUAAGCUGUGUGUCUGCUUUAAGGCUCCCUUGGGUUGAUUUUGAGUUGUGGGGUCCAGUCAGGUUGGUAUUUAAGAUGUCUGACAAACACACUUGUCAGGUUUACAGUGUUCGUGGGGUCCACGUAAAGUCAGAUACAAUGUUGACAUUAAUGAGAGAUAAAAAAGGUUUUUUUUUCUUAUUGUGUGAAAUAAACAUUAUAUGCAGUUUAUCUGUUCACUAUGUGAUGAUCUUAGAACCCACCGGUCACUCCAGCUGUUUGACAAGGAGACUUAAGUCUCUUCCAGUCCUUUCUAUUCUCCAUCAUUCACUCUGUGGUUUAAAGAAGACAUCAGUUGACAAAAAAUAGCAGUAAGUACUAGUGGUGCAACGGAUCACAAAACUCACGGAUUGGAUCGUUCCUCGGAUCAAGAGUCAUGGAUCAGAUCAUUUUUUGGAUCAGCAAAAAGCAACAAAAAAAAAAAACAAGACAAACACGAGUUUUGUCUGUUUAUUAAACACUUAAAUGAUUAAAUUAAAUAUAUAAAAGUAGUGCACAAGGCAUAAUAUCUUCUUUCUAGCAUAAUUAUUAAUGAAAAACAACUUGAAGUGCAAUAUACAGGCAUAUCUCCUUCCUUUAAAAUGUAACAAUGAACCAAAAAUGAAGUAUGUGAGCGACGGGAUGUCUUAACGUGGCUCAAGGACUUUCAGCAUGUUUUUAACAUGUUUUGCACAACUGAAUAUGGCCUCAUGUCUGUAGCUAUAAACACACCGAUAGCAUUUGUGAUAGCUUUAGCCCUGUCGGAUUGCACAAGGAAGAGGCUGCUUAAAUGCUGCGGUGAAGUUGUUGGCCAGCUUUCGUUUUAUCGCCAGUCAGUAAAACACCCGGGUGAUGUCGCUUCAAAUGCGUGAACAUGCUCGAUGUGUUCCCACUGUCAUUUCGAUUUCUUAUGCCACAGUGCCUACACACCGUCGCAGUUUUGUCCACUGACCUCUUUCCUUCUUCAUCAUAGUUGACAGGGAUGCCAAAAUGCUCCCAUACAAGGGACGUAAGUGUCGCGGGGCGUUCAAGCUCCUCCUUUCCUCAACUCGCCAUGUCUGCCCUCCUCCUUUCUUCGCUUACAAUAAGCUGUGUGUGGACGGAGCACAACUUUUUUUUUUUCAGAAAUAAUUAGCGGGUCACAUUUGUGCCAAACCAAUGACGUCAAUCCGAACAGAUCAUGGAUCAAUGAUGAUCUGUUGCACCACUAGUAAGUACAAAUGGAUUUGUUUAGAUGAGGUGAUUUAGCAUGAGCUGCAGUGAGUGGAUUCAUCAGGUAAAUAGACUGUUAUGUAUAUUUGAUGUGCUAGAAGCCUUUAAUGUACAGAAAUUUGAUCAAUAAUAAGUUAGUUUAUUUACUAUUCAUCUCAAACUUGUUGUUUAGGACAUGGAACCACCUACUGUGGCUGAAACAUCUGAGGCUGAGAUCUCCAGUACCGCAGAGGAGCCUCCUGAGGGAUCUACACUCAGAGAGAUAAAGGUAUUUAUUCCAGCUGACCAUCCUGUCUGGUCUUGAGGUGUUAAAGCUGCAGUUUUCCUCACCAAUGCAUACAUUUCAGUAAAAGGGCUACCAUCUGGUUGAUCUUAAUUAGCUUUGAGUAUAGGCCUUUUUUUCGUACCUUGAUGAGAUGCUUCAGUAUUUCGUUUUGUCUUUAUUUUCUCUAGGACUCAGAUGCAGCUUGUCCUCUUCCCUCAGUGAAAAAAUAUGGGCUGAAUCUUCCUCUAGUAAACUACACAGAUUCUGAUGAACCCCAGAGUCCAUCCUCAAAUCCUGAAUCUGAACAUUGCCUCUCAGAGCAGGACCAUAUUUCUGUCCCCAGGCUCAGGAGGACCAAAAGUAUACUGGUAAACAACACACACACACAGUGCAGUGAAUGUAUUAAAAGUCAAUUGCAGACAUUUCAUUGGUCUUGUGCCUACUGUCUAUCAUAUUUUUAUUGCUUUCUUUAGAUGAAAAACCAGAUUCACUUUGAUUCAGAAGAGCUUUAUGACACCACCUCAGCUGACAGUGAAGAGGAAUACAUUCCUAAGACAAGUGAGGACUCUGAUGAUUCCGGCAGAAGUGAAGUCCUGGAAGUGGACCCUCUCUUCAAGAUAAAAGAUGUCAUCAAAGAUUUCCCUCCCUUAACCCAAAGAUCUGAAGCCUCUUCACAGCAGGUUGUUACAAGAGGGCGUUCACCUGUUAGGAGAAGUAGCUCUGGUCUGAUGCGUAAAAGGCAAUGCUACAGAAGUGUGGUUCAUCAUUCAACACUAGCCAGCCAUGCUGACUCAUCUAACCAGAGUUUUGUAGCAGACGCUGAUGCCCUGUCCCAAAACUCAGUGGUGAAUUUAGACCAGGACCAGGACGAAUGUCUUCCUGACAGUUCCUCUUCCAUUCUUACAAAUGAUAAUGAGUCUGGUGGUCCACUUUCCAUACCCGCUGUCUGCAAAAAAGAGAAUGGGUCAAGACUUUAUAACAAGAAGCAGUACUGUUUGUACUGCAAAUUGGGUGUUAUAAAAAUUGCAAGACAUUUAGAGCGAGCACAUAUAGAUAAGUCAGAGGUUGCACAGGCUUUUGCCUUCAAAAAGGCUCCAAAGAAAGACGAAUGCAUCUGGAACUUUUGAGAAACAGGGGCAACUUUUCACACAAUGUAGAGGUACUACACUCUGGGGUCGGUAACCUUGUUCCCCGCAAGCAGCCGAGGCAGGAUUCCAGUGCACAGGAUUUCCUACACUGUGCAUAUUGUCAAGGCUUUUUUGCCAGAAAGCUGCUUUGGCGGCACAUGCAGAUUUGCAAGCUUAGGCCUUCUGUACCACACAAACCAGGUAAAACCCGUGUCCAGGCCCUUUGUGCAUUUACUUCACCUCCUCCACCUGGCGUCAAACAGGACUUGUGGAAACUCUUAAACAACAUGCUCCAAGAUGAGGUUUUUUCAGCAGUUAAAUCUGAUGCCUGUAUUCUGGAGUACGGGGACCAUCUAUACAACAGACUGGGACAUGAUCCUGGAAAACAUGAAUAUAUCCGCCAGAAGUUAAGAGAGCUUGGAAGACUUCUGCUGUGCUCCAGAAAAACCACCUCCAUGAAGACCAUUCGAGACCACAUCAGACCAUCCAACUUCAUGCAAGUUAUUCAGGCUGUAAAAGAGGUGGCAGGUUUUGAUAGUGCAACCAACACUUACAAGUGUCCAAGUCUGGCCCUCAAAAUUGGACAUAGCCUGACAAAGGUAUCAAUGCUUGUAGAAAGUCGUGCAAAUGUACAAAACAAUUACAGUGCUGCUAAAGAUGCACGUACAUUUCGCAGAGUGUACGAAACUCGCUGGAAUGAAAUGGUUUCGGCUGCAUCACUGAGGACACUGCAGGAGGCCAGGUGGAACACCCCUCUGCUGCUUCCUUUCACAAAGGAUGUCCAAACUCUCCACUCCUAUUUGGAUGAGAAACAGCAACAUUACAGCUCAAAACUAUCCACUGAGACAUCCCCGCAAACAUGGUCACAGCUGACCAAGGUCACGUUGACUCAAGUCAUCCUUUUCAAUCGUCGAAGAGCUGGGGAGGUGUCAAAAAUGCCCAUGACAGCAUAUUUGUCAAACAGUACAUCAGAUCCUCAAGAUGAUGUGAUUGAUGCCCUGUCACCUGUUGAGAAGAAACUCUGCCAACACUUCAGACGGAUCGAGAUCAGGGGAAAAAGAGGAAGAAAGGUUCCCGUUCUUCUGACCCCGGCAAUGCAGCAUGCAUUGGAUUUACUUACCAGCAAACGGCAGGAAUGUGGGGUUCCUAAAGAGAACAGGUAUCUUUUUGCUAGACCAUCUGCCUUUACAUGCCUCCGUGGUUCUGACUGCCUUCGACAUUUUGCAAAGAUCUGUGGUGCAAAAAGUCCCGAAAGUCUCACCUCCACAAAGCUUCGCAAACAAACAGGAACUCUUUCACAAGUUCUCAACCUCAGCAACACAGAGUUGGACCAGUUGGCUGAUUUUCUCGGCCAUGACAUACGAGUACAUAGGCAGUUCUAUAGGCUUCCUGAGGGCACCCUCCAGCUUGCUAAAAUAAGCAAAGUUCUAUUGGCUCUGGAGAAAGGACGGCUGGGAGAAUUCAAGGGAAAGACCUUGGAUGACAUCAACAUUGACCCGGAGGGUACUAUUUAUCUAUCUCUCUUGUCUCCUUUUGAAGGAAAUGCACUUUUUGUAAUUAUGUUUUCUGGGAAUUUUUCACCAUGUCAGAAACAAAUGAUCUUGAAUAACACUCAUUCCCCCUCACCCCUAUACAGAGAAUGUGCACCCUGACAGCGAUCCUGACGAGGCAUGCGAGUCGGGCUCUGAAGGUUGGUAUUUACAUACAAUUUUAUAUGUGACCACUGCUGCAUAUUUGUAGACAUCCAUGUGCAAUAUCAGUUUACAGAAUCCAUUUGGAGCCUGCUUUUGUCUGUCAACAACUGGUCAUAAAAUGUUUUUGUUAACUUUAAAGCUCAUCGGUCUUGAUGUUCAUUUGCAACAUCAGAGAGGUGACUAUGUAAUGUCUGUAACGGCUUCAUUUUAAUCCCUGCACCAAGUUUAGUUUGAGCUUUUAGAUUGCUGUUAUAAGCACUUGCAUGUCAAGCACAAGCAUGGUGUUAGAGGUGUUGGGGGGCAAUAGGGUAGGUUGAUUUACCUCUUUUAGGUUAGGAUAUAACCAGGGUGGUGUAUCCACAGAUAUCAUAAUCAGAAGAUGCCACACAACCCCAGGAUGCUCCAAGACCACCGCCAUCUUGGAGCAGUACUCGUUAAUGGUUUUCAGUCAAUUGUAGUUUUUGAGGCCUGUGAUUCACCUUACAUCAGCAUUUGUUUACGUUCAAAAAAAAAGGGAUCAAGUUAGGUUUGGUGAUUUACUUAAUUGCAAUAUCACCUCAAAAUGUGCUUAAUGGCACAGAAAAACAAUACUAAGUAUUUAUCAACUCCAUCAACUGUAUUUAUGUCACAGGCUUGAAACUACAACACUACUCAGCACUAUAUCGCUGUGUCAAAGAGCUCGUUAAGAGUUAUUGAGUUGAUAUUUUUUUCAGUUUAUGUGAAUUGAAAUAGUUUAUGAUCUAAUUUCAGAUAAGAGUUACAGAGAAUAAUUUUGCACAUGUAUUUUACAAGUAUUUAGAUUUAUAGUUUAACCCUUCUUAUCAGCAUGGAGGAUCAAUACUGCAGUCAGUCAGCAGAGAUCUUGAAAUGUUUGUGAGUUGGGGAGAGCACUGUUAUGCUACAGUCUGUAGUCAUUAGACUUCCAAUAUGUCUGUGGGGUUUGUUAACCUGUGCCUCAUAGUGAAGAGCUUCAAAUUAUGACCAACAUGUAUAAAGUCAACCUUUAUGCUAACAUUUUAAAGUUAAUGGAUGAAAGUAAUUAUAACUCAGUUUUACACUUGACUUCAUAACAUCAAGUGACAAGAAGUGCCUUACUUCCUGUGAAUUCAGUUUAGAGGUCCUUCAAAAGAAAAGCAUUUCCUGUUAACCAGAUAAUCCCAAAUCUUUCAAUUUAGCAGGUAAGUUGACAAAUACCCCCCUAAAUAAUGUAAAUAAUGUAUUUUAACAUGUCAUUAGGAACUUACUAAACUAAAUUUUACUAGAAAAAAUAUUCAAGGAAACAAUUUUCAUCAUCCUGUAUACAAAUUUUGAAUGUAUCAACAUAUAUACUUAUCCUUUUUAACAUGAGAAACUUGAUCAACUUUAGGAGAUUCUUGGUUACAAAUAUUAGAUCAAAAAACUUUAACAUAAAGGGGUUGAAUGGCUGGUGUCACGUGUGCUUCACAAUCAGUUAGAGCAUGACCACAGUCACAAUAUCCAACUGGUUUUUCACCUAUUGCACAAACGAGCUAGUGAGCUGUGGUGGAUACAGUCUAUAUUCUUCUGCUCUGUUGUAGGGAGUAAGUUUACAUCUAGUCAGAGGGAAGAGGAUGCACCAUCUGAUGUGAACCAUGAUGAUGCAUCACCACAGCAGAGCACCAUCGCACCUCAAAACACCAAACAACAGGGGUCACCAAAAACGGAAAGAGGCAAGUUCUCUGAGACCGGUCUGAAAUCAGAUUAGUUUAUGGUGUGGUUGUAAAUGUGUUUUCUUGGCAUGUGCUGAAAUGUGGAUUGCAGACACACAUUUGUGAUUAAGAUUUUUUUUGGGGAGGGGGAAGUUUCUGAGUUCUCAUUCACCUAUGUUACUUAAAUUGCUUCUAAAUCACUCCAUGGUUAAAAAACAGAAUUGAUUAUGUUUUUGUUUAUUUACAGCUCGGCAGCCUGUUAAAAAGAGGCCUUGGGAAAGAGAGGAGAUCCUGGCCGUUGAGAAACACAUGAUGUCCUUCAUCACCACAUGCCGUGUUCCAGGGAAACGCGACUGCGAUAAGUGCAUUGAACAAGAGAAAGAAGCGCUCAAAAACAGGAAUUGGUUGGCUAUUAAAUUCUAUAUCAAAAACCGAAUCACAGCUCUGAAGAGGAAAGUUUAGAGGGAUCAGGUGUUGUCUGUUGACAGCUGUAGGAGGGUUGCAUCACUUUUACUGUCCUCAAGGUAAAGCAUGUUUUCUGGUUUAUACCAUUAACUUGUUAGUGUUUCCUUAUUUUACCUCCUUAUUUUAAUUUAUAUUUGGAUGCUUAGAGUUACUGUAGGUUGGGCUUCAGAGCUGUGUCAUACAGUAACAGAUUUGUCUACCUGUAAAGGGAGUUUAAUGAAGAGUUUUGACUCGAUUUAUUUUUGUUAUAAGCUGCCAAUAACUGCACAGACACACUGUACCAGUUUUAAAAGAGGAGGGUGUUUUCUUUUGUUUUUGAAAGAAUGUUAGUUUGUGGUUCCUUAGUUGAACAAAUUUUGUUUAUCCAACAUCUUCAAAAAAAUUUGAAUAAAAACUUUCAGCUUUUAAAUUCAUCCACUGUUUCAGGUCUAAUCAUGUGAACAGUAUAAAAAAUCCUUUACAUAGAUAUAUCUUUCUUAUGUAGCCACAUGCAUAUUAACACAUAAGACACAAGACAGCUGUUGACUUCUGUCACUAUUCAAUUUAAUUAUUUGUACAAUUUACCCUAAAACACAAAACAUCAUCCUUAUCAAAACUAUAAAAUCAGCCCAUCUGUGCUGUGUUAAAAAUUAGAGUUCAGACAAGAGAAAGGGGAGAACUUUCUGGCUGAAGAAAACAUCAGAUGGUGCACUUCUAAGAAAGACACAUCCUGUGAACAUUGAAGGUAUAUCAGGUCAGGUUUGAGAGUAGAUCUAGAGACUGAUGCACUUAUAAUACCUUGAAUAUAAGCUGGUGAUACUGAUAAGAAAUGUACUUGUCGAAGAUUGUCGAGAUUGGUUCUCAUCACUGUCCUGCACUGACAAGUGUGGAGUGGUCCCACAAAGUCUGUUUGAUCUGAUGUUUGUGUAAGUGGUACCCAGGAGGAGAGAAAAACCGGGCAGUGUGUAGAUACUGACCCCAGAUGUGGCCAAAUACCAGACAGGUUCCCAGAUGUCUGUGCCUAGUCUGGUCAGGGACCUCUACUUUGUCUAAUUGGUAAUUUGAAGUGAUUUCUCUGUUUACCUACAUGUCAGGAUACUGCCUGAUUUUUCUCAGUGCUGUACAACCUUCAGAAAGGUUGGUUCCCACAAUGCAUGGUCUGCUCAUGUGUCCUGACCAUAGCACAAAGACAAGGAUGUGUGUGUGUGUGUGUGUGUGUGUGUGUGUGUGUGUGUGUGUGUGUGUGUGUGUGUGCGUGUGUGUGUGUGUAUCAAUCACUCCAGUGUCGG